CCUUAAUCUUAACGUUUACCACAAGUAGUACAAACGCAAAACUGACCUUAGAUCAGCGGUUAGGGACAUCUUCAGUUAAGUGUGGCAGCCAUUUUAGCUGAUUAUAGUAAUUUGCUUGUUCGUCACCAGAGCAUGGAGGACAGAAGAAGAACACCACAGACGACUGCUGUCUACAGACUUUCUCUAACAUCUCUGAGCCCCUAGUCUUUAGGUCAGCAUGGUGACUCUGAAACACCUUAGUGUGGAGGACCCAGAUGACUACAGCUCUCCUCCGGUGCCUGAUGCUGACUUCACUGAGAAAACAGCUGUUACAGUUACACACAGGAGACCUACACCUGACACCAGGGAGAUGCUACUCAGCAGGACUAACAACCUAGCCUUGAGUCUAGUGCUGCUGGUGGGAUGCUACUCUGCUAUCCUGGUCCCUGCUCUUAUACCUUCAGACCCUCUGUCAGGGGCUAACGACAAUCAACACACUGACAUGGUAUUACUAAACCGCUCUGCCUCCCUGCUUGUGCAGCCCUGCCAUCCGGGCUGGUGUGUGUCUCGUCUCCUCUCUCUGGACUCCUCCUCAGACCUCCAGAACAUCCCUGUGUUCCUCCAGUCGGGGAUUGCAGCAGACAGGCCUAUUCCCUGGGACUUGGCUCCUCCCCUGGGCCUCCAGGGCUGUGACGAGAGGGUGGCUAGGGCCCUGUCCUCUCUAACUCAUCCAGGCCUGCCCCCAUCCCUGGAGGGGAGAGGUAGGGGUGGGGGCUGUAGGAGGUGUGUGGUGGUGGGCAGUGGAGGGGUGCUACAUGGCAGCCACCUGGGAUCCCAUAUUGACCAGUAUGAUGUCAUCAUCAGGAUGAACAAUGCCCCAGUGUCAGGGUUUGAGAGGGACGCAGGCUCCAGGACCACUGUCCGUUUGAUGUACCCAGAGGGAGCUCCCCUUUCCCCCAGCGAGUACAGACACACCUCCCUGGUUACCCUGGUGGUCUACAAGUGCCUGGACCUGGACUGGCUCACCUCUGUCAUCACCAAACAGCCUCUGAGCUGGUGGUCCAAGCUGUGGUUCUGGAGAGACAUAGUGGAGAACAUUCCUCUGAAGCCGAAGAACAUCCAGAUACUCAACCCAGUGAUCAUGCACAAGACAGGCAUAGCACUGCAGAGAUACACACAGCAACAGAGGAAGUUAGUUCCUACGUUAGGUGCCAGUGCGGUGGUGAUGGCCCUACAGCUGUGUGAUGAGGUGAGCCUGGCAGGGUUUGGUUAUGACCUGCAGCAUCCCGGUGCCAGACUACACUACUAUGAGAGUCUAAGUAUGGACGCCAUCAAGGCCCAGGUAGUACAUGAUGUGAGCGCUGAGAAGCUCUUCCUCAGAGAGCUAGUGGCUGCAGGUGUCUUGACUGACCUCACAGGGGCGCUGUGACAAAGAGACAGUACCAGGGAUGGACCCUGUUCUACCAGUUGUGGUUGGAGGUUAACUGCGUUGCUCAAGGACAGAACGGCAGAUUUUUCCACCUUGCCGGCUCGGGGAACCAGCGGCCUUUCUUAACAACCCCUGGUUCCUUUUCCUAGCAUGAUGAUUCAACCAAUCAAGGCUUAGUUGAAAAAUGUACUAUUAUUAUAUACUAUAUUAUGCACUAUAAAAAUGUAUGCGCCCAUUACUGUAAGUCGCUUUGGAUAAAGGUGUCUGCUAAAUGUCAUAUGUAAUUAUUAUAUAUUAAAUGCCCAAAGCAGCCGUUUGUAUAUCGAUAUCAAAUAAUUUCUGGGUAACAGUUAAGUACCUUACUGUAAUAGAUUUAAAUAAAAAUAUGCCCAAAAAUC